AUGGAGGACCAAAGACCUAUUAUUCUUUGGUCCUAUCCGAGAUCUCUUUCUACAAAAUCCAGAAAAAUCUGUAAAGUCUUUUACAAAGCUGCAAAUUCUAUAUAUAAAGCUUGGGAUAAAAACAUAACUGAAGAGGAGAUUGUUUUAGUAGAUGCUGAUGAUUUAGUUCGAGAACUAGAGAAAAUUUUGAGAAAAUAUUGUGAGAUGGUUAACGUAGAGUUUAAGAAAGAAAUGCUUGAAUGGAAAGAAGAAAGGUUGAAAAUAUGGGACUUAAAAUUGUCAGGCAAAGAUAUAGAUUAUUUGUGGCAUAA